GUCCGACGGAUGUGCGGUCACAGCAGUGGCUUGGAGGGCCAGUCCUUUGCGGACGUCGUUGCCAAGGAUGCCGCUGGCUGUCCGCCGCCGUGCGGUCCAGCUUCGAGGGUCUUCAACAGCGUUGAGAAGCUCGUGGCGCACGAGCGCGCCGUCUUGGGCGCGGUCACCUACGCCGCCAAGGCGGGCCACGGUGCGCGGCUCCGCUGCCGCAUGGCGCCCGCGGGCGGGGCUUCGCGCGGCUGUCCCAGCGCCGCGGGCGCCGCCGCCGCAGCCAAGGGCCGCGUCGCCGCGGCCCGCGCGGCGGCCGCGGGGCGCGCUGCAGUGGCCGAUGCCGCUGCGCGGGCCGUCUGCGAGGCGAGGGCAGCUCCCCUGCGACCGUCGUCGGGCCCGCCGGGCGCCGACUGGCUGGCCGCGCUGCAGACGCGCGUGCUUGCCUGCGAAGGCCGUGGGCCCGCCGCGCCCGCGCGGUAG